AUGGAAAAUAAGGAAAUUUUAAAGGAGGAAGAGACCUUGACUGCCACUGAAGAAGGAGCGGCUCUCAACCAAACGAUGUUCUCUGCCAUGGAGACCUUUGAAAUCAACGAUCCAAAGCCCAAGAAGAAAAAUGGGACAAGCUGUUUCCUGGCCAUGGUGGUCGUCUACCUAGUUCUGCUCACCGUGGGUGCCGGGUUGCUGGCGCUGAAGGUUCAGAAUCUGCAGGAGCGGCUCUGGGCCCUGGAGAUGCACUUCACCAAUGAAACGCUGGCCACCGAGGACAGCCCAUCCCUCUUUUCCUUCCAUUCGGCGCCAGCCCCGCAACUGUCUGUGGGUGCAGGGAGGCUGCAAGCCCUGCAGGCCCAGGUCACCCAGCUCCAGACCGGGCAGGAGCUCCUGCUGCAACAGAUGGACAACCUCACUCUGAGCCCAGGCCCACCAGGCCCCCGAGGUCCUCCAGGAACCAAGGGAGAGGCAGGCACCCCAGGACCCCAGGGAGAGAAGGGCAGCAAAGGGGAUGGAGGUCUCGUUGGCCCUAAAGGGGAAAGAGGAGACAAGGGAGACAAAGGAGACCUAGGCCUCCCAGGAAGCAAAGGAGACAUGGGCGUGAAAGGAGACAGGGGGCUCAUGGGACCCCCCGGAGCCCAGGGAAGUAAAGGUGACUUGGGGAAGCCGGGCACCCCAGGUGUGGCUGGAAUUCCUGGAAUCAAAGGAGAUCAAGGACAACCUGGAGUGAUGGGUCCUCCAGGCCCUCCGGGCGUGGCGGGAUCCCCAGGCGCCAAGGGUGAGCCUGGCAGCACCGGCUCCACUGGGCCAGCAGGACCACCAGGGACAGCCGGGAUCCCAGGAGCCCAAGGCAUGAAAGGAAGCAAGGGAGACACAGGACUUCAAGGACAGAAAGGAACAAAAGGAGAAUCAGGAGUUCCAGGAUUUGCAGGCCUGAAGGGAGAAAAGGGAAGCCCAGGUCUGGCAGGCCUCAAGGGUGCACCUGGACCAGGUGGCCAAAAGGGAGACACAGGAGCGAAAGGAUCUCCUGGGCUACAAGGAGCAAAGGGAGAAAAAGGUCAAAAAGGAGAGGCCCAGUUAAAUGUGAGGAUUGUUGGCUCUGUGAACCGAGGCCGGGCUGAAAUUUACUAUAACGGUGCCUGGGGAACAAUUUGCGAUGAUGACUGGGAUAAUUCGGAUGCCACUGUCUUCUGCCGCAUGCUGGGUUACUCCUCGGGAACGGCCGUUAACAAUGUGGGAGCUGGCACUGGGACCAUCUGGCUGGAUGAUGUCGCAUGCCGAGGGACAGAGCAGACCCUUUGGAGCUGCAACAAGAGUAACUGGGGCACUCACAACUGUAACCACAACGAGGACGCUGGCGUGAGCUGCCGCUGACCCCCGCAGCCCCUUCACCGCUCUGCUCCCGAGGCGUCUGCAGCCUAGAAGCUCAACCCCCCGGGGAAGGCCAGCGAUCUCGGAGGAGUUCCCUGGGAGCGGCUGAGCAGCAUCUGGGGUGGGGUCACCAAUAAAGCUCAAAGUGCUACCUGGC